AAUACACUGUCAUUUCAGGGCUGACGGCUGAUGCCAGAAUAGUUAUAAAUAGAGCUCGUGUGGAGUGUCAGAGCCACAGACUUACAGUGGAGGAUCCUGUCACUGUGGAGUACAUCACACGUUACAUUGCUAGUCUGAAACAGAGAUACACACAAAGCAACGGUCGCAGACCUUUUGGUAUCUCUGCUCUUAUUGUGGGAUUUGACUUUGAUGGAACCCCGCGGCUGUACCAAACUGAUCCCUCUGGUACAUACCAUGCUUGGAAGGCUAAUGCCAUUGGCAGAGGAGCGAAAUCUGUGCGUGAAUUCCUGGAGAAAAACUAUACUGAUGAAGCCAUUGAAACGGAUGAUCUGACCAUUAAGCUUGUCAUCAAGGCUCUUCUUGAGGUUGUGCAGUCUGGUGGGAAGAACAUUGAGCUGGCGGUCAUGAGGCGAGAACAGCCGCUGAAGAUCCUAAACCCUGAAGAAAUUGAGAAGUAUGUUGCUGAAAUUGAAAAAGAAAAGGAAGAAAAUGAAAAGAAGAAACAGAAGAAAACCUCAUGAUGAAUGAAAUUCAGCUGCUUAGCUGCUGCUUUUUAAUUCAAGUGAUGGGUUAUUCUGUAUAAACACCAUGUAGGCAUUCCACUUACUCAUACUGUGCCCCUCUUGAGACCUACAAUAAACAUACUGAUUUUUUUUUUAAAGCUGUUAUUU